GAGUUGUAGCGUAACAGAAUAUACUGAGCUGACCCGGAGCUUGAGUUAAAAUGGCAUGACUACGCCGUCGUACUUUAGAGGGCAUACGAUGCGCAUGUGCCAAACUAAAGCGCGUCGUUCGCUAUUCACCGGUCCGGCCUUGCCUGUACCCAUUUCACCAACACCCGUUACGAUCCUGCGGUGUGCACUGUUAUACACAUGUAUCGACAAUCGUCCUAUCAUUGUGUCUGUGUGUGAUUCUGGUUGCUCAGUUUUCCAAUCAUCACUACAGACUACAUGUAAAUAUUUAAGAUAUGAAUGACAGUGACUCACUAACCAGCAAAACUCGAGUUCACUAACCAGCAAAACUCGAGGUCUGCAUACUGGGUGAAAGAGAAGUGGUGUAGGAUACCUGUUGGAAACAACCUUAUCCUACGUGAGUGUACUUAACCUGUCAAAAGGACAAAACCUGUGGAAAGAACUAAACGGCCCAGUAAAUCAUACACUGGAGACAUUUCCACAUGCUGUACACUGAAAGAGGGGCCUCGUUAUAUUCCAGAGAAGUAAUGCUAUUAUAGUUAUGAAUUCCUCAAUGCAUCGAUAAACAAGACUGGUGCGUAGGUCAAAGGUUUUGAAUGUGACGCGUUUAGGAUUGUGUUGAACUUUGAUCUCACUUACAGAGAAAUAUGGAGCACCGUCUGUCAUUCAUGAAGACAGAGGAUAAAUUAUGUAUCUGUAGCGAGUGUGGGAAAGUUUUUCAUCAAGUAGGUAACUUACAGAAACACCCACGGAAAAAAGGAGAAAAACCUUAUCAGUGUGAUCUCUGUAGUAGAGCGUUUAGUGAGAAAGGACACUCACAAACACAGGAGAGGGAGGAAACGGGUCGAAAGCCUGCGAAAUGCAGUGUCUGUGAGAAGGAAUUUAUUGAUACGUUCGACUUACAGAGACACAUGAGGACCCAUACAAGUGAGAGACCUUAUAUAUGUGAUGUCUGCGGGAAGACGUAUCGUCAGAAAAUGGAUCGACAAAGACACAUGAAGAUACAUACAAGUGGUAAACCCCAUAAAUGUGACAUCUGUGAAAAGACAUUUCGUCAGACAUUUGAUUUACAGAGACAUAUGAGAACACACACAGGUGAUAAACCUUAUCAUUGUGAUCAUUGUAGCAAAGCAUUCAGUACUGCCGGGAACUUACAGAGACACGUAAGGAUACACACAGGUGACAGGCCGUAUAAAUGUGAUGUAUGUGAAAAAGCGUUUAGUCGAGUUGGAGCCCUACAGAUACACAUGAGAACACACACGGGCGACAAACCGUAUAAAUGCGACUUCUGUGGGACAAAAUUCAGUUGCGCUGGAACCCUAAAUACACACAAGAGGACACAUACAGGUGAAAAACCGUAUACGUGUAAUUUCUGCGAGAAAGCUUUUACUAGCGGCGGAACUUUACAAAUACACAUUAGGAUACACACGGGUGAUAGACCGUAUGAGUGUGGAACAUGCGGGAAGGCGUUUAGCAGUGCGGGAACCUUGCAUAUACAUAUGAGAACACACACUGGUGAUAAACCUUAUAAAUGUGAUGUCUGUGGAAUGGCAACCAGAAGUUUUGGAGCCUUACAGACACACAUGAGGACCCACACAGGGGAAAGGCCUUAUCAAUGCAAUAUCUGUGGAAAGGCAUUCAGUAUUUCUGGUAAUCUGCUCAGACACGUACGGACACAUGCAGGUAAAAAAUCAUUUAUAUGUGAUGAUGUGGAAAGAAGUUCAGCAACUCUGGACACUUAAAAGCAGCACAAAAGGGUAUGCCAUGGUGAACAGCUUAAAAAAAGUGAUGUUUGUGGGAAGAAUAAAAAUCGAUUACUUACAGAAACUCAUAGUGACACCUGUGUGAAAUUUUUAAUAUAAUUUACGAGAUGGUCAUCAAGAAAACAGAUUUUUGCAAAAUGGUGACAUGUCCAGAUGAAAAAAUCGGAUGGAAAAGUGUUUUAAUUGUGAUGAAUUAUAAUUAAAGACCAUCAAUGGCAGAAGGAUUUAAGCGAUGAUUUAAAACUUUAUACCUUUUUGAUUUUAUAUGAACAUACAGAGAAUUUUUGUAUAUUUUUAUUAUGUACAGAUCUUUAUAUACUCUUUUGCAUGGUAGUAGUUAAGUAGAAAAUGUUGGUUUUAGAGCAAUAUUAAACAUUUUAUGCAUCAUUCAAAUAUA